CAACUAUUUGGAACAAAAUAAAGAACCUGAAGAAACUGAAAACUGAGAGAUCUGGGACCAUUUGAGAAGACUGCAGGAUUGACUGAUAUUUCAGGAAUGGUUGGAUCAAUUAAUUUUGGUACUGAUGAAUCUGUGUCAAAACCAGUUCUGAGCAGAAGAUCGAGAAGACUCAAACUCAUUAGUGAAGAUGAUUUUGAACAGAGAGUGCUUUUCGACCUGCAGCAAACUAAAGGAAAAUCAUUUCCAGAAGUACAAGAAGCAGCCAGUGACAAUACAGAGAAAGAGAAAUCUAUUACAAAUGCACAGCAAAAUGAACUUGGUGUUAAUGAACCGUACACUUCACCCCAGCAAACACCAAGUGAUGGGAUGGAGGCUGUUUCAGCCAGGAAUGAAGAAACGAGAAAUGAAUUUGGCCUGAACACUGGGCUUGACCUGGAAAAACAAAGGGAGUUUGUAGUAUCAGAUAAAGAAGAAUCUGUAAAGACUCCACACACAGGAAAAGACCAGACUCAUCUCACUGAACAAAAGACCUUGGCAGAUACAGACCCUGAGCUCGAGUAUAGAGCAGAAAAGUUCACUGAAGAUCCACACGGGGGUGACAGGUCUAUGGAUCACGAAUUGGAAAUGCCGAAGGAUACUGAACAGAACUUAUCAAUGCAAGUUAGCCAGGAGUCAACCAUGGUGCGGUACUCAGAGGGGAUAGUAGUUGGUGACGAGAAUGAUAAAACAGGGGAAGGGCAUGAAGUGAAUGAUGGAAGAGCUGAAGAUGGUGAAACUGGGGGUAUUUUAGCAAACACUGGAAGAAUGGAAUAUGCUGAAGAGGGUGGAGAGAAAGCAGAGGGUGCUCAGGUGGAUAAUGGAAGUGUGGAAGCUGAAGAUGGUGAAAACAUAAAGGAUGCUGAAGCAGUCAGUGAAAGAAUGCAAGGUGCUAAAGUGAAAGGAACGGAAAGUUCCAGAUUGGAUGGUGAAGGAUCAGCCCUGGCCGGAUUGGAUGGUGAAGGAUCAGCCCUGGCCGGAUUGGACGGCGAAGACAUGGCCGGUGGUGAUACAGAUGAUGAAAGAAUGGAAGAAACUGAAUCUGAUGGAGACAUAGAAUCUGAUGAAAUGGAUGAAGAAGAAUUGAUGCACAAUGAUGGAUAUGAGGGAGAUGACAGUGAAGUGAGACAGACUUUCCAGCUAAGUGAGAAGGCAUUGAAAUCCUCCCCAUUACUGACCACACCACACUUUCUCAAAAUACUGGGUAGACAGGCACGAAAACCACUCGCAAAAGUAAGAGGGAAUCCAAAGAAGCCAACGCAAAAACGAAAGAAGACCAUUUUGCCAAGCAGCUUUGUAAAGUCUGUAUUUACCCACUAUGCUAAAAUGAGAGUGAAGAAAGAGGUGUUUAGAGCAGUUGACCAAUGCUUGGAGUUGUAUUUCAAACAGCUCUGUGAUGAUAUGGAUGUUUACAGCAAACAUGCUAAAAGAAGAACCAUUGAAAAAGAAGACUUGGAACUGCUAAUGAAAAGACAGGGUUUUAUUACCGCCAAGACGCCCUUGAAUGUACUUAUUGAAAACCAUCUACCUAUGGAAUGCAGAGAAAAACUAAUUCCAAUGGCUGUCAGUGGGAGUAAGAUAAUUCCUAAAAAGUAGCCUACGUGUAUAAAAGUGAUUAUCUCAGCAAAUUUCUUGCUUUUGGUUGCUAAUUCAGAAACUAUAAAUCUAUGCAAGCAAGUGGAAAUGUUUCUCUUUUGUGAAGAUCUAAUGCAUAAAUCGAAAGCUAUUUUACAAACUCGCAGGAGCUCGGAGACCUUUCCUCUGAUGGGAACAAUCACACCAGAGGUGUGAUCAAAUUUAAAGCUGUUACCCGAUUACCAUUUCCAAUUUUAUAACAUCCCUAUCUUUGUGCACAAGUUUUUAAGACUUACAUUUUUAAUCUUAAAGUGCCAGAAGAAAAAGCACAAGGCUCUGAUGGAGACCCUGCUAAGAUAUUCCAGACAAGUUGAUGGAUGCUAGUAAUCAGCACCUUUGACAUUAACUGUUGACAUUCAGAAUUUUCAAAUGAGUUUCAGCAUCAUUUGCUGAUUUGUCCCUUCCCCAACUCGGCCCAAAUAACAUGUCUUAGCCCCAACUCCAUACUUUACCCGUGAAUGUAUUCCCUUCCUGCACCAGCUGCUUGAAGAAUAAUUGCUCAUUUAAAAUGAUGUACUAUUAUAUUUUGGCCUUGUUUACAGGGAAGUCGGUUAAAGAUAUCCAAUUAAGCUGCCCACAUGAAGAGAAUAGCUAAACUUUAAAUAUCAGUGUUAAAUGUUCAUAAAAUUACGCAGAAGCAAUUUUUAUGAUAUUAUAGUGGUAUUGGGUUCAUUAUUUUCUUAAAAAAUAAGACACAAAAUCUCCAAUUCCAUUCAGGGGUUUUGUAUUCUUAACUUGCUGUGACCUCUUUGACUGAUAUCCAUGAGGAUACUAGCAGAUUAUGUUGUAUAUUUUAAAUUAUGUUAAAUAUUUAGGAAAGCAUGUGUCUCAUUAAGUAAAUUUUACCCUAACUGAAAUUUCCCUCCAAUUUGAAUAAUGUCCCAUAGAUGGUGUGAUAACCCUAAUAAUUUUAUUUAACUUCAUAUAGUUUAAAUCACUUCAUAUUUUGGCUUAAAAGGGUAAAUGAGGAUGUUAAUUAGAAUUUUUGAAGUGUAUAAUAGUGGCAAGUUGUUAUCCUAUUCCUGAAAAGAUCUUUUAUAAUUCAAUAGCCUGUUUAUUGAAUUUCAUUUUAUCUUGUAUAUAUUAAUAAUCUGUAUUUCUAAUAAAAUCAGUUAUUUUUCUGUUUGGCUUGCUAAGGAAUUUAGUAACUCUUGUAGUUAUUUUGGUGCAAUGUUAAUUCUGUAGAAUACA